AUGGCGCUGGUGGAUUCCGACUCCCGCGGCCCGCUGGUGGUACUUGGGGACUCCAGCGGACGCGUCGUGCUCUGGCGUCCGGGGGCGGACACGGAAGAGUUCGUCUUGGACCUGCUGCGGCCCGUGCCAAGUUUAUUGAUUGUGGGACGCAGCCGGCUAUUGGUCGCGACCGGGCGGAAACUGCUCGAGUUUGACCUGUACACGUGUGUCCACCAGUACCUACAGAACGACCGGGUGCCGCUGGUGCGCGAAAUGCUAAAGGCCGACAUCUGGAACCAACCAGACACGGCGGCCGGCAAUGCGCGAAUGGAUGGCGAUGCACAGGCGAGUGAAGGUGUGCACACGAGUGAAGGUGUGCAAAUUGGUGACAUAAAGACCAUGUUGGUCAACGAAGGCCAGACGCUCCUGGCGGGCGUGGUCGACCAGUCGUUGGUGGUGUGGGAUGUGCUGACACGGGCAGUAAAGUACGUGAAUGUGAAUGAGCAAAUUUAUUCGGUUCAGUUCGCCCUAAACAAGCCUACGUUGAAAAACCUAUGUGACGACGCCAUGCCUGCCAGGCUCCCGACUUCCAAUCCGCAAUUGUUCGUUCCACCCCAACUUCAAACAACAGCCUGCGUCACGGGAAUGCACAGACAGCACGUGUUUGCCGAGCCGGAAGCACUCACAAAGCUCUUCGAUGCAUACAUUGAGUCUUCACUCUACGUCUCGCGAAAGCGUCCCCUCGACCUCCCCCGGGACCAGCAGUUCGCCGUUAACGCAGUUAUUCAACUCGAAAUGAAGAGCACACAACUUUCACAAGACCAAGCAAUGAAAGAAAAUAAAUUACAGAGACUUACUACCUUCUUCAAAGCAUUGGACCGCCGACCAGUAUGUCCCCCUGUCGACCGACAUCAACCUGGAACCGAUACCUCCCAUCUACUUCGGCUCAUGUAUCAGUCUGUUAACCCACUCUUACCCGGGCCGGUGAAAAGGCCUUCAAAAUUUAAGCAAACCAAAACUGCCUAUUUCGUCCCGCCAGCAAGCUGGACCAAACAGUAA